AUGGACCGCUUCAACUUCCUCCCUCAAGGUCUCCGGCGGAACAACCCUGCCACUGCUCCCGCCGACAGCACCGCCACCACAGCCAUCGGCGCAGCAGCCGGCACAGCAACCGGCACAGCAGGAACCGACCCCAAUACCAACAUCAACGGGCAACCAGCCCCCCUCCCAGCCGUCUACAACCCAAACCUUAGUCAAAACCAAAACCAAAACCAAAACCAAAACCAAAGGGCCCAAAACCCUUAUACCUACCCCGACUCCGUCUCCUCUCUAUCUUCCGAUGACGAGUAUACCGACGACGACAUGUACGAAGACGACGAAGUUUACUCUGUGUCUUCUCGAUCGUCUGAUACCGUUCCUUUGUCUCCAAGAAGCAGGCAGCAGCGAGGGCAACCGCAGUACCCGUCAAGCAGCACGCUUAACCACCAGAACCGGGCCCAAAACCACAACGGCCACUCCCAAAACCAGAACCAAAGCCUGAACGACCAAGAAGACCUCUACUGCGACCUCGAAGCCCAACUAGGAAUCCAUCCCGCUCUUCGUGUCCCGCAUCCCGGGCCACAAAACAUUCCCGCAAACUUUCCUGCACCACCACCCAUUCCGCAGUCACAAGAAGAAAUGGCAGAAAUUGAACGCCGUUCUUCCUCCCGCUUUUUUCUUCCCAGGAUGUCUUUCCGAUUUCUCGGUGUAGGAGGAGGAGGUAACAGACCAAGGCCGGCAUCAAGUCAUUACUCAGGUGAUGGGUUGCCGCCUGCUACUGAGGUUAAUUUCCCUUCUAGUCAAUACCCGGCUUCGCCGAAGAGUCCGGCGUUUAAUUACACAAUUGGCGAGCAGCAGUUGCCUAGUACAAGACUGCACGUUCCUGGUGUGGAAAGGACUUGGAGUAGGGGGAGUAAUGGGCCUCCUACGAGGGAUGGUACCAGGGAUGGGUCUGCUGGCGGUGGUGCUAGGGUUGGUGGUGAGGCCGGGAGGGGUGAAAGGCAGGGAGCGUCGCGGUACGGAUUUGGACUGUUAGGUGGUGCUGGGACCCGAGGAGCGAGUAGAAGUCGAGAAGGAAGGACAGUACGAGUAACUGAGCCCAGGCGGGUGCAUACAUCUUCACAUACAGGUCAUGGUGCGAGACGGCAUCGAAGCGAAAGAGACGGGGAACGCCGAAGAGACGGAACCGGUAGAUCCCGAUCCGGCCGUUCUGGCUCUGGAUCUGGUCAUCACAGUCGUAGCCACCGCUCGAGGAGAGAUCCCGGCACGACCACGACGACGAGCAGGAGACACAGAGAUGUGCGCGAUGAUGAACGUCGGAAACGCCGAAAACAUAAAAAGAGUACCAGCUCCAGACGACAUGAAGGUCACUCGAGGUCUGCAACAACUGCUGCUGGAGAACGGGAACGGGACCGGGACCGCGAACACAGGAGGAAGAAAAGAGCACAUGCACAUGCAUCCUCGCCGUCCGUGUCGUCCCCGCCGAAACAUUUCCUGUUCUGUUUCCCGUGGGUCAAGUCGCGGACGAAGAGGGCGUUGAUUCUGAGGAGUUUUGUUUCGGGACUAUUUUUGGCUUGUUUACUUAUUGUUUUCCUCGCCCUAACCCUCUCCCACACAAUCUCCGCCCAAGAAUUCACAAUCUCCAUGAUCCUCGUGGUAAUCCUCGGCGCCAUCGUUUUUCUGCACAGUGUCGUCCGCCUGAUAAUGCUGGCAUUUAAGGGUGGACGCAAUCACAGCCACACCCAUAAACACAAACACCACAACGACUUGGAAAGCGGACAGGCCCAUGUCCACCAUCACGUUCUUGGAAAUGGAAAUGGACCAGCACCGUAUGGAGAUAUUCACGCCGCCGGCCCGCAAGGGCCCUACGCCAUCCCACCCACCCCCAUCCGUGUUGUGUUAGCGAGAGAUGAGGAAGCUGCGGGGUUACCGAGCGAGGCGGCGGCUGGGGUGGUGAAGCCGCCUGAGUAUGGGCAGUGGAGGGAGAGUGUCAGAGUCGACCCAAACCGCAUCUACUGGAUGCGCAACGAGGCAGUUACCCCUGAACUUCCUCCCGCGGUUCCUCCCGCACUUCUUCCGAGUGAGCAUGACCAGGAGGCCGCCGGUGCCGGUCCCGGUUUCGGUUCAGGUUUCGGUUCGGAGGAGGGUGCUGCCGCUCAGUCGAGGUCCAGGGCUGGUAGCGGAGACUCAAACGGCUCUAACCCGGGAUUGGGACGUGGAACGGGAACUCUCCGUAGGCCUCCGUCGUAUAGCUCCGAUGAUGGUGUCAGUUAUGUGGUUGAGGCGCAACCGAGGUCUAUUGCCCCUGUUAGUGAUGUACCGGUUGCGACUGGUGGUGUCGGCAGCGGUAGGGCUGGGAGGCGGUUGGCGUGA